GACGGUCCUGUCCGUCCUCCAUGACACAAAAUCCUGGUUUUGUGGAACCGAGGUUGGUCCAGGACACCCGCCAUUGACACAUGACGUCUUCGCGCUCAGAUAAAAAUAGCUUUGAAGGACAGCCGAAGCUCCGCCCUCCGCUUAGUCACAGUCACGUGCGCCAAUCGGUCAUCGCGAAGCCGUCACCAGCGACACGGCGCGACCGUUAUAUGAGUGUUGUCACCCGCCGCACGUCACACUGCCAUAGUACUGUCCUCACGCCACCACCGAUAGGGUACCCCACGUGACCCGUCUACCCGACAAAGACCAUCGGAAGAUCGUUCCACCCGCAUUGCAACACUGCGAUACACAGACCGCUCCACCCGUUGGGAUAAAGACAAGGAGGGGACUGCUUCAUCGUCAGAGAUGGUGCUCCACAUAGCAGAGCGCGUUAAACAGAAGACUAGCCUUAUUGUAUCCUCUGUGAUUGGCGGCCGGACUUCUCGUCCCAUGAAGCCAAGCGGCGAGGCCAAGCGCGAGGCGAUGGCGUUCCUUGGACUGUUGCGUCACAACGAGGACCUGUUGGUGGUCCAGACCAAGCACCUCCUCAAGAAGAACCGGCAGUUGGUGCAUGACGUCUUCACCACCAAGGUGGACGAGUGGACUCCCCUGCAUGCCUGCACGCUUCGCGGAGCACGCAAGCUGGUCAAGAUAGCCAUGAAGGCCGGCGUCAACCCCAACCUGGAGAUGGGACUUCCGGACGGGCUGCCCGGAAGAUGCACCCCGCUCCACCUGGCGGCAUAUCGAGGGGACGUCAGCAUCAUUCAGCUGCUGCUGCAACACGGCGCCGCCGUCAACCGCCUCGACAGCACCAACAGAAGCCCGCUCUUUUACGCCGCCUCGAAAAACAACACUUUCGCCGCCAAAAAACUCAUCAAGCACGGGGCAGAGGUCAAAGAUCUGACAUAUGAACAAACGGUGUUUUACAGCGAGGUCAUCGAGAGGAGGCCGCCAUCUUUCUUGUGCAUCCCGGCUCCUUCCAGAAGCGGCCGAAGCUCCGCUCACUCGUGACAUCACGUGACAUCAUCUGUGAAUGUCACGAGCUAGAAACAAAUAAAGACAACCUUUUAUGUGCCUUGCAUCUCAAGAAACAUGGCCGGACACAGCUCGGGGCUGUGUUAGUCACGUGGUUAGUGAGUUGCCAGCUCAAGAGGACUACAAGUGCCUUUGCGCGUGCGCUCACGCCCUGCCUAGUCAUAAACACUUGCUCUCUCUCUCUCAUCUGUGAGUGAGAGACUGGCUUUAGAGAUCCCAGAGAGCCCUUCUAUUUCCUUUUCGCCUUUUCGUAACUGGAAAUAGGUGCGUGGACAUGCGUACAGUCAGCAAUCUUGUGCAGGCAGCUCCUUCCGGUGACACGCAGGCUUACUGUGUCUUCCUCCAGACAAAGCAGUUGUGAAACGAUAACGGAUACGAGUAAGACGAGGUUUUGGUGAGUGAGUGUCCCCGUCUGAUUGACUGCAUAAGCCAGCUGUUACAUGGAUAGCUAUACUGUGGUUAAGAAUAUCUCGUCCGCCCAGAGACCUUCAAGCAUAAUGCCUCUGUUGUUGUUUUUAUCGUGUUAUUUAUUGCUGCAUGUUGAUCCGGUGCUGGCUUCUGUUUAAUCACACACGGCAUAUGCUAAUGUUUAAGAUAUAUCUAUGUGUGUGUGUGUGUGGCAUAUGCUAAUGUCUAAUUGUUAAUUUUCCAUUUCAAUCCAUUUUCUGGGAAGCGGGGAGAUAAUUACUGUUACGCUGUACAUCCGGCAUUCGAGGAUUUGACCAGACCAAGUCCCACAAAACCUUGUGUCAACAUUUGGAGACACCACAUCACCAUCUGAAACUUAACAUCCUUAUCUGAGGCCUCGUCAGGCUUUCCGUUAGGUUGCCCAGAGAGUAGCUGCUCAUCAUAGUUUACAUCACUGGACUUAGUAGUUUUUGUGAUGGUUGGUCAAGUGACUGUAUCAGUGAAGUCAGAGGUCCCUCACCCCAUGUCUCACAUCGUUCACAAUCAGAAGAGACUUUCCUUUCUUGCAACCUUGUGCCUUCUUCUCGUCGUUACAUGUUGGCCUUCCUUAGAAUCAUAUUAAGGUCGCAAUGUAAGGUAUAAAAUUAAUGAGGCUCUAUAAAGCAGGUUGAUUGGUUGUGUUGUGAGCUACUAAGGUUACAUAACGGCGAUUCUAUAAAAGAUGUUGGUAAAUUAAAAUGAUGAAGAGAGCCGAGAUAUAGUUAGGAGAUAGAGGAGGGUGGAUAAGUGUCGGCUGGUGAGCUCGCAGCGUGUGUAUUGUUUUGUUUUAAUUCUAUCAUCGGUUGUGGGCCCUGUAAAGGUGAUCACACUGCCGAGUAAAGGUAGAACUCGAUCAAACUGUAUUUGGACAGAAAUUCCAGCGACCCCGGUCCCUCCCAGUGAACUACACCAUUCCGCCCUCUCACAAUGUCAUGUUGUUUAAGACAUAAAAAUAUAUUUACACAUGCUAACAGCCUGGAUCUUAGAGAAUCUGCAAUCUCAUGUCUUCAUUUCCGCUGCUUUUGCUGACCUUUACCGAGUCACUUCAAGAGAAAAGUGAGAGACGAAGCCGAGGCUGUGAUAUUGAGGGCGCUGUCUUCAGGUGUGCUCCCGGUGUGACUUUACCUGUGAACACAUUCCACUCGCAUGGCUGCUUGUGUCAGACUUUGCCCCGUGACCUGACCAUCACGUGACACCAGUCUGCUAUCGGGAUCACUACAUAUCACUACAUAUCACUACAUAUCACAGUAUUGUUCCUCGCAUGUGGAGUCCGCCUUCAUUACAUACCAGGGCAUCGAGUUCCGCAUACCACGUGAUCUUUGUGUAAUCAUUGUUUGUAUCAUUCGAUUUCAUUCAUUGUUUUCAUGUCAGGAAGUCCCUGAACCGUGCAAUAAUAUCAGUUUUACAGUCACCUGUGCUGCCCAGUGAAUAACUUUCAUUUAUUAUGUGUAUGGGCAAUACUGGAUGUAAUCCUCGUCAGGCAAUAAUAACUUUGUUGAGGGACAUGGAGAGACACUUAUCUGAACUCGCUUGUAGUGUGUGUGUGUGUGAGGCUUGACAUGUUUAAUCUUUUUAACACAUUGAAAAAUUUAAUAGAGUAAUCCUUUGGACAUUUUAUCUUCCUUUUGGUUGUGUCUUUCCUCAGUGGAAAUUACUCCGAAAGGGAUUUUUGUUUCCAUUUACAAAGUUUCCUUCUUCCUGAGAAAUGUUAAAACUCAAUUUAAAUAUAGAAGUUGAUCUGUUCGUAAGAUCACCUGUAAUAUUUUUAACAUAUCUUAAAUCAUAUUUUAAAGUAGCUAGGUUUUUCCUCUUUGAUUCCCAAAGUGGGUUUUUUUUCAUGCAGAAACACAGCAGAAUAUUGAAACUUAUCUUUGUUAUGAGAAAUGAUACGCUUGAGUCUGUAUGUGAAUCGUAUGUUGCCACCCAAUUGAAUCUCUACAAAAUAAAAUUACAUUUGUACAAUU